CUAUAUGCGGGAAUACUAAAUGGUUUCAAGUAAACAGAGCAUAAAUUUUGCAAGAAUUUAUUUUGUAUGUUUCGCCAUCACAAACUUUUCACGAAAAGCCCAACACAGGAAGGCCAUGGACCCAUGUGGGACCCAAAACCCGAGCCCAGUGUACAUACUUACACUUGGCAAGCUCAACCCAUACCUCUAUUCUGCAAUGGCUGUCUCUACAAUGUUCCACUCUUUUGCGCUACCCUGUCACCUUCGUCUUCCCAAAACCUUCUCAUGCGCUUCACCAAUGGCUACAACAGCAACGGCAUCUCCGCGUGCAAUUGGGAGCGAUUGCGGCGUUUCAAUCAAGGGCCUAUUAUACCCUGCACUCUCUUGUUCCAACACGCUUUACUUCAAAUCAGCGUACAACGUGCAGAUCGUAGUGGGCGACGACGAGCCCGAAGAUAGAAUCGUUUAUCGCUUCAAGAAGGAGGUUCUCAAGGCUGGGGUGCUUCAGGAGUGUAGACAUAGAAGGUUCUUCGAGAACAAACACGACAAGAUCAAAAGGAAAGCUCGCCAAGCUUCUAGAAGAAACCGUAAGAGGAAGCCGCGGUCGAGAACUUUGGCAGAAAAUAAACAUGAUUCUGAAAAGAAAAAGGAUGCUGAUGACGAUGAUGAUACUGGUAUUGAUAAUUGGGAACUACCUGAGGUAGAUAUUCCAUACACUUGAUGUUCAUGUACAGGAACAAACGGAGAACAGAAAAUAUGACACUCUCUAUUAACUACAAUGUCAAUCCCUCAAAUUUUAGGUAUUUGAUUCCUUGUGUUCUACAGGCCUUGUACAGGGAAGUGACUUUAAAUGAUAAGUCUUGUAUAUAUGAAAACUGAUUACACCUGUUCUUAGUUGGUAUGUACCUUUUUUUCAAACUUUACUGGUACCUGACUUGUUUAGACACUGAACAUGUUAGUUAAUGAUGAUCAAGACAAAUGCAAUUUCAUAU